AAGCGCAUUACAACAGGUCUAUUCAUUACUAUUGUUGGUUCGAACCUGAAGACAAUGGAAUCGUCUAUACACAUACAGGCUUUCUUCGCUGGUCGUAGUAUAUUUAUAACGGGUGCAACGGGUUUUAUGGGAAAAGUGCUUAUUGAAAAAUUGUUACGAUCCUGCCCCGACAUUGCCAAAUUGUACCUGUUGAUGCGGCCGAAGAAAGGAAAUGGAAUUAACGAUAGGCUAAAAAAAUUGUUGAAUAAUGCGCUGUUCGAUAAACUAAGAACCGAGCGACCAUCUACUUUUGACAAACUUGUUCCCGUGAUGGGCGACGCAACUUCUGUCGGUUUAGGCUUACUGCCCGCAGAUAGACAAAUGCUAAUCGACAAAGUGUCCGUGAUAUUCCACAUUGCGGCGAGCGUAAGAUUCGAUGACAGCUUGAAAGACGCGAUUUUUGCCAACACCAGGUCAACGAGGGACGUUUGCAUCUUGGCUUGCAGUAUGAAGAAAUUAGCGGUGCUGCUGCACGUCAGCUCGACGUAUGCUCAUAUCGACAAACCCGUCAUCGAUGAGGUUCUGUAUCCCGCGGAGGUGGAUUGGAGGCGAGUGAUCGAGAUUGCCGAGACUAUCGAUGAGCAUGUCCUGAAAAUGCUGACGGCGAAAUACAUAGGAGCGAUGCCAAACACCUACAUCUUCACGAAAAGGCUGGCGGAGCAAGUGAUAAGCGAUUAUGCCGAGUCAUUGCCUUGCGUUAUCCUGCGGCCUUCAAUAGUCAUAUCGACAGUAGAAGAACCAAUAAAAGGGUGGCUAGACAAUUUUAAUGGCCCUUUUGGGAUGUUAAUAGGUGCUGCUAAGGGUAUCUUGCGUGUGACUUACGCCAAUCCUGUCAUCAAAAAUGACUUCAUACCAGUCGAUCUAGCCAUCAAGAUAAUGAUAAUAGCGUCUUGGGUCCGCGGGCUUAAAACCAUCUCCGAGGAUAAGACAGUUCAUGUUUACAACUGCUCGGCGGACCAAACGAAGGCAAUAACUAUCAUGCAAAUGCAGCAAAUGGGUCUCGAUAUUCUGAAAGAUAUUCCAAUGGAGAAUACUUUUUGGAUUCCAAAUACGAUGUUAACUAAGAACCGUUUGGUAUAUUACAUUCUGAUGCUACUGCUGCAUAUCUUCCCUGCUAUAUGCAUAGACACUAUUAUCAAAUUGUACGGAGCACGUCCGAUGCUACUAAGAUUGCAAAGGACAGUAUACGUGUCGAAUAGUGCCCUGUCGCAUUUUCUGUUGAAUGAAUGGUCCUUCAAAAAUGAUAAAUGUCGUGACUUAAUCGAUAAUCUUAACACCGAGAACAAAAAAUAUUUCGGAUAUAAUUAUAUGGAUAUUAACAUACGAGAAUAUUUAAGGAAUGGACUUAUCGGAACGAAACUUUAUUUACUACAUGAAAAUAAUCUGGAAGCGGCUAAGUUACAUCGAAAGAGGAUGGUAUGGCUUCAAAGAAUAAUCAUGAUAAUGUUCACAAUAUUUAUUUUGUGGAUACUUCAACGUAAAAAUAUACUGGCCCACAUUUUAAACGUAUAUGUAUAAUAAAUAUUUGAUAUGUUCUAAACUACUCCGAGAUUAUUCGCAAUUAUCGAUAAACUACAGAAUACUUUAAGAAUCAAAAAUUGAUAUUCUAACGAUAAAUACUUAGCCGCUCAAAUAUGAUCAUUUUUCCUGUGUCGUUAUUGACUAUUCAUUUCCGAUCAUAGGUACACAAAAACUUGCGUUUGUUUCAGAACUUUGACCGUUUACAUCGCUUACUUAUGUUGUCUGUCGAGAACAUAUUUAAUAUUUCGUUCUUUGUAACUUGAUGA